GGGGGAACCCCAAAGUGUCCGGCUUCCUUCCUGUCAGGGACAAAUGGACACUGUCCACUUGCGAAAUCUAAAAGUAUUUGCCGCGAGCAAUGAAUGGGAAAAGCUCCGCGGGUGGAAAUAAGUGUUGCGUUAAAAGAAUAACCUAAGCUUCUGAGCUCCCCUCCUUAGGGCACCAAACCUUCGCCCCGCCUCACACCGGCCGGUUUCCAAGGCAACUCAUAUAGCCACGACCUUAGGUCAUCUCUCAGAAACGUCACUUCCUUUCCAUUGACUUCCGGGUCGUCGCCCAGGCUCCCUGCCGCUUUGCCCUUUAGGACCGGACAGGCAAAAGGCCGCCGCCGCCGCCGCCGCCGUCUCCGCCUCAGCUCCCACUUCCCAGGAGGGUGUGUUCGCCCCACGCCGGGCGGGGCUCAGGCCUUCCCCCUUUCUCCUACACGCGCAGCCGCAGCCGCAGUAGCGGCUGGUUUUUAUCACUUCCGGCCUGUGUAUUUCCGGGUCGUCUCCGUUCCUCAGGGUACGGGUCUCGCUCCUUCUGGGCUGGCUGGAGCGGCGAACGCUCCCGGCUCAGCUCCCGCUUUCCCCCCUCCUGCAACCUUGGUGCCGGGUCUCGGGGCAGCAGCGACCUCCUCCGUACGUAUGAACCCGAGGACGUGUGUCUGUAUGUCUCGGCCAUGCUUCAGUCGUCGGCGAUCCUUUUACGUGGUGCUAGUUGGCCCUGGAAGGCGGUCUUCGGCUCAUUUUUGUGGCUUUGUCCAAGUGUCGUUUUCCCCGAAGCUCCAGGAGUUAGUAUCUUCUGGAGGGAGAUAAAGACGGUGUAGAAAAACAAAGAAAGCAAGCCGGAGGGGGUUAUGCCUGUGGGUGAAAAGAAACCAUAAUUGUUCAAGACAGGUAACAUGCUAGUGCCCUUUGAGAUUGCUAUGCCCCCUGGAGAAAAGCCAUGGAAGAGAUGAGGUAGCUGCUACCUGGAAAUAUUUCAGGAAAGCUGAUUUCAAUGGAUACAAAAUAUAAAGACGACUUAUUUAGGAAGUACGUGCAGUUUCACGAGUCCAAAGUGGAUGCUUCCAGCACUAAGCAACGACCUGUCAAUGAUGAGUACCUCCGGGUGGCGGCCUCGGCUGUACUCAGUCUACAUAAGAUUGAGCCCUUUUAUAGAUUCCGGUUGAUCAAAUUUUAUGAAGUGGUUGAGAGUUCUCUUCGCUCACUGAGGUCCUCUAACUUGCGGGCUCUCCACAGCGCAUUUAGCACACUGGAGACAAUGGGAAUCAACCUCUUCCUUUACCCUUGGAAGAAGGAAUUCAAAAGUAUUAAAACCUACACAGGACCUUUUGUUUAUUAUGUGAAAUCAACAUUACUAGAAGAGGACAUCAGAGUCAUCCUAAAUUACAUGGGCUAUGUCCAGGAUCUUGGAAGUGCAUAUAGGCUCAAAGAACUGGUGGAAACUUUGCAGGUGAAAAUGGUCUCUUUUGAGCUUUUUUUGGCCAAAGUAGAAUGUGAGCAGUUGCUUGAAAUACACUCCCAGGUAAAGGACAAAGGUUACUCAGAGCUGGACGUAGUGAAUGAGCGUAAGCACAGCAGUGAAGAUGUGAGGGGCUGCUCUGAUGCUAUGAAGCGGCGGGUAGAGUGUAAAGAGAACCUCACGGCUUCUAUGGCACGCAUGGCUCUUCAGAAGUCAGCCAGUGAGAGAGCAGCAAAAGAGUACUUCAAGCCCAAAGUGAAUAAGCCUUCCAAGUCUAUGGACACUUAUGAUAGUUACUGGGAAAGUAAGAAGCCACCACUGAUGACUUCACUCAGCCUCAGGAAAGAGCCUGCAGUAAUAGAUGUGGAAGAUGACAUCAAAGAUGAAAUUAUUCGACCAUCUCCCUCUCUCUUGACCAUGUCCAGCUCCCCGCACAGCUGCUCUGAUGAUUUUGUGCCCCUUUCCUCAAAUCCCAAUGGCAUGUUAAGAACCAUCCCCCCUUAUAACACCUAUUUUUCUCCUCAAGAUGACCUAGACCUUUACACAGAUCCAGAUUCCAGGGGUACAUAUAGGAGACCAGAUUCUCUCAAGCCAGAUGUGUGGCUCUUCCGAAAUGACUCCACUCCCCUUUACCAUAAGCGUAUGCAUCCCGCCAAAGAGACCACCUCAUCCAAGUGCCAAAGCUGUGGCCUCACGUGUGGCUCUUCACUCUGCCAGCGGUGUGAAACUGUGCUCACUUGUCGGCAGGACUAUCCUGUCACCAAACAGAACAGCUUCCCCAUCAAGUCAGGCUCCCAUGAGAGUUUGUCCCAUGGGGCUGCUCUGAGGGAGAAGUCUCUGUACACAGCACAGACUCAGAUGAUCCCUGACAGGGCACCUCAUCUCCACUCAAAAUCCAAGGCUACAGCUGCAUCUCGGUGCGGUUUCUGCAACCGGUCAGGGGCCUCUAAUACAUGUGCAAUCUGUUCAAAAGUCUCAUGCGAUACCUGCCUCACUGCUUACCACUACGACCCGUGCUGCAAAAAGAGUGAGCAACACAAAUUCAUGCCUAACAGUCAACUCAACUAUAAGUCAACCCAGUUCUCCCAUUUUGUGUAUAGAUAGACUCAGACUUGCAUAUUCUGCACAAAGGGCUAAAACUUUACUUUGUGACUUCCUUGGUGAAGUCUUACGCUGACCUCGGAAGUGGAGCUAUGCUUUCCUAUGGGGAAUGACAUUUCACACCCUCUCCCUCUUGCUGGUGUGUUUGUGUCUUCAUCCAUGUUACACACACCUUGGGAUCCACCCUGUCAGAUCUUUCCAGCAACAGACACUUUGUGAUUUGAUAAGGGGAGGGAGGACCAACCAGGCUUCCUUUUGAGUCCAACACUCGGACUUGCUGGUCUGGUCCUCUUAUCCAGCCCACCCCCAUCUUCACUCAGUUUUGUUUUCUAAAGGAGUUUGAUCCCUGGGGUUUUCAAAUGACUCCCCAGCUGCCCCACUGAUGAGCUGCAGUGGACUGAGUAGGGACAGUCACAAAGACUCAUGGUUCCCAGUACAAGGACUAGUGAAAGGUUUGUGAAAGGGAGUGUUCUUUCACUGCAGCAUCUCCUAGGAGUUCUAGUGCUGCCCACAGAGGUUUAUCUCCAAGUGCUUCCUGAACUACCCAACAACCUUCCCCCUCCCCCCCAUAGACACUGUUUUUAGACAUCACCGUGGCCUCUGAGGGGAUUCUCCUGGGCUCCUCACAGCUGGCUCUCUAGGUUUUAAAGUUUGAACAGAAGACAGUUUUAUGCUUGAUUUUUGUAGUGCUGCCGGUAGCUUCCUCUAGUGUACUGUACAGUAUUAGUGGACUUGUUGACAUGACAUUUGCGUUGCAUCCAUCCAAAAGAGGCCCAAUUUUAAUUCCUUUCUGUUGCACACGUAUUGACUUUCUUCUUUAUACUGUAAAUAGGUGAUUUGAAAAGUUUUAUUUUUUAAUAAAUAUAUUCCUUGUUGUGUGCUUAAAAGUGAUAAAAAUCAUUAUGUAGCUAUUUAUAACUUCUCAAGUUUUUUGGGGUUUUUUUUUUUUUUUUUGAUUGUUUUUAUCUUGGGUGGGGGAAGCUUUUGUUUGCCAUUUAGUUCUUAGCUUCAUAAAGUUCCCUGGGUGAAGUAGGUAGUUAGUAGUGGGAAGGAACAAUGAAAAUGGGUUCCUUUUUUGAGUCAGUAGAGGUAACUAAGCUGUUGUUUUCCCUUUGAAAAACAUAUAUACUGUGUACAUAUAGAUACCUACCUCCCAUUUGCACUUGUUGGGGGUUAGUGCAGACUUAGCAGUGAGGCUCUGCCCCUGUAGAUGACUAGUACUACCCUCAAAUUUAGAGGCCACACUAAGGGCCUUAUCCUCAGGACUUCACUUGCAUCCCUAUAGUCUCUCUCUGGCACAAAAGUUGGACCUGACCCUCCUAAUUGUCUAGGCCUUGUUUCCAAAGGAAAUGUAACUUGCUUAGUCAUAACUCCCUCUCCUCCUGCUUACCCCACUUACACUUCCACCAUACCUUUAUCCUCAAUUUUCAGAAAAUGAGGCAGUUUGAGAUAUCUUUGCACUUAAAGUGGCCAGAAACUGACUACUUACUAGAUAAUUUCUAUGUAUGCUUGGCCUGUCCUAAAAAUUCUCUCCAACUGAAGGGCACCUUUCACUCCAGAUUCAUGCAGUGAUUGACCAACUAACUCACCUUUAAAUUUUGCUUUGAGGUGAGGAGAGGGAAUGGGGAAAGAGUAAGAUAUUUCAAAUGGCUUAUUUAUGAACAUGCAAAAUUAUUUUAGCCAUAAGUCUGUCAAAUGUACAAAUCUUUUGGGAUUUUACCAAAAAUAUUUCUAAGAGCAAAGCAAAAAAGAAAUGUUUAGCUUUUUUUUUUUUUUUUAAAGGGGGAAGGAAGCAAAUCUGAAUUUGACUCCGAGCGCAACUGGAUGAUUUUUCCCCCCAAUUGUUUGACUUUUGAAAAUCUUUCUAUACACACACACACACACACACACCUCUGAUAGAUCAUGUGUAGAUAACACUGUAUAUAAAGCUGAAUUUUAAAGAAUUUCAAUACUGAAAUUAGUUACUUCAUUCUGGAGUGUCUUGCCUAUCCUACUUCUGAAGUCUCUAUUUCUCUUAUCCCCUGUCCAAACUGCCUACUGCAAAUUUCGUAACAAACUGUGAAGCCAUGUGACUUAGAAGAUAAACCUUGGUCUGGAUGACUGCAUUAAUAAAAGUCUGGUGUAUAAUACAUAUUGUCCUGGAAAUACUGUUGUUCAAAACUAUUGAAUUGCAAGUGCUCUGACCAUGCACUCUUGGUGUAUAUCUUAUUGUACCAGGUUGCUGUGUUUGAGACGACAGUAAAAGUAUAUAUCUGACUUUUAAAUGGAGGUGUUCUGCAUUUGAUUUCUACCAAGAUAGGUGAAGUGAUGAGAGAUGAUUUUAAAAAUAAAAUGUCUUCCACUAUU